UAAUAUAUAAUAUCGAUGGCAGAAACUUUACUAUUAUUGCAAAUUCUGAUAAUGAGGAUCAACGUCGCCGGAGUUUUCAUCCUCGUCGGACUCUCCGUCCUUGCCGCCGUCGAAGGACGUAAUGUUUUGAAACUUCCGUCGGAAACUUCCAGAUUCUUCGAUGACGCCGCCGAUGACUCUGUUGGAACCAGAUGGGCCGUCCUUCUUGCCGGAUCAAGUGGUUAUUGGAAUUAUAGACAUCAGGCUGAUGUAUGCCAUGCAUAUCAGCUGUUGAGAAAAGGUGGUCUCAAAGAUGAAAAUAUUAUUGUCUUCAUGUAUGAUGACAUUGCUUACAAUGAAGAGAACCCAAGACCAGGAGUUAUCAUUAAUAGUCCUGCUGGUGAGGAUGUUUACAAAGGAGUUCCUAAGGAUUACACGAGAGAUGAUGUUAAUGUGCACAACUUUUUAGCUGUUCUCCUUGGUAACAAAACUGCUCUUACUGGAGGUAGCGGAAAGGUGGUGAAUAGUGGUCCAAAUGAUCAUAUUUUCAUAUUCUAUAGUGAUCAUGGUGGCCCUGGGGUGCUUGGGAUGCCUACCAAUCCUUAUCUCUAUGCGAGGGAUCUGAUUGAUGUGUUAAAAAAGAAGCACGCUGCUGGGACAUAUAAAAGCUUGGUACUGUACAUUGAAGCUUGUGAGUCCGGAAGUAUAUUUGAGGGCCUUCUUCCUAACGGUCUAAAUAUUUAUGCCACAACAGCUUCAAAUGCUGAAGAGAGCAGCUGGGGAACCUAUUGUCCUGGUGAAUAUCCUAGUCCUCCUCCAGGAUAUGAGACCUGUCUGGGUGAUUUGUAUGCUGUUUCCUGGAUGGAGGACAGUGAAAUGCACAAUUUGCGGACUGAAAAUUUGAGGCAGCAGUAUCACCUGGUCAAAAGGAGAACAGCUAAUGGAAAUUCUGCUUAUGGUUCCCAUGUCAUGCAAUUUGGUGAUCUACAACUGAGUAUGGAGUCUCUGUUCAGUUAUAUGGGUACAAAUCCUGCAAAUGAAAACUACACAUAUGUAGAUGACAAUUCCUUGUGGGCAUCAUCAAAGGCUGUGAACCAGCGUGAUGCAGAUCUUUUGCAUUUCUGGGACAAGUUCCGCAAGGCUCCUGAAGGCUCUGCUCGGAAAGUUGAAGCUCAGAAACAAUUCACUGAAGCUAUGUCACACAGAAUGCACCUAGAUGAUAGCAUUGCCCUUGUUGGUAAGCUUCUGUUUGGAAUUCAAAAAGGUCCUGAGGUGCUGAAGCGUGUUCGAUCUGCUGGUCAGCCUCUUGUUGAUGACUGGACCUGCCUUAAAUCCUUUGUAAAAACAUUUGAGAUACACUGUGGAGCGUUAUCCCAAUAUGGAAUGAAACACAUGCGCUCCAUUGCCAAUAUCUGUAAUGCUGGAAUUAAGAUGGAGCAGAUGGUGGAGGCAUCAGCACAAGCUUGUCCUAGCAUCCCCUCCAAUACUUGGAGUUCCCUCCACAGGGGUUUUAGUGCAUAAACGCCAUGGAAUGUUCAGUCUCACACUUUGAUGCUGCUGCUAGUAUAAGUUACCAUUAUCAGUGUCAUUUUGUGUCCUAUUUGUAAAUUGUGAUUUGAUCCUCUGGUAUAGUGAAGUCUACCAGUAUUGGUAUCAGGAUUCAUGUAAAUCAGGAUUCAUGUAAUGUAUGUAAAUUGGUGCUCCGUAAAUACAGUUGAAAAAGCACAACUUAUCGUUUUGAUUA